AAAAAAAAAGAUAAUUGUUGCUAUCGCAAUGCAACGAAGUGAAAUUUGCAGAUAAAUAUGGAAGAAGCAUCUGGCGAUGUUGUCACUGAAAAAAAACUCACUUCACCUCUCUGUUUUCCUUUUUAUAAUGCUGGAAAAUUUUGCAAAUGCAUUGCUUGGUUUAUAAUAUUUUUAUCGGCUACUUUUCAUUUUUACAGAUUAUUCAAAAAUGAUUAUUCUGGUCACAAAUGCCCAUUAUUGUUUGAAUCGGGGUAUUGGAUUGGUCGUCAAUGGCAGCCAGAGGGAUGCAUUAUGCAUCGUUAUUCAAUAAGUGAGAUCAAAGUAUGUUUACACAAUCAAAAAGUUGCAUUUAUUGGUGACUCGCGCAUCAGAAGUGUGUACUAUGAAUUGGUUGAUUCCAUUGCUGAAACUGUUUCUGCUGGGAAAUUCCACGAAAAUCUUAAGUAUGAAGAUAAAGCAACAAAUACAUCAAUUGAAUUUUAUUGGUACCCUGAACUUACAGACACAAUGGAGCAACUUUUACUAGAUUGGAUUAAGAGCAGAGGUAAAAAACCAGAUGUUAUAAUCAUGGGGGUCGCAACUUGGACAAUUAAAAAAAAUUUACCUUUUCUUAGUGUUGAUUAUCAAGAAAAACUAAACUCAUUGUCUAGUAUCAUUAAACUUGUUGGGCAGAAUAUGAGUCAAAGCAAAGCAGAAAAAUAUGACCAUCUUUCAAGUCGAUUUCAUCAUGAACGCCAAGUGAUUUGGAUUCAACAAGAUCCUGUUGUUGAAAAAAAAUUAAGUGAUUCAAGAAAAACAAUUACAAAUAAAGAAAUUGAUAUUUAUAAUUAUGCUGCUCAAAAAAUUCUUCAGAAAACUGGUUAUGUACGCAUUUUAAAGUCAACUGCCUUGAUGGCUGCUGGAAUGCCAGAUGAGACAACAGAUGGUCUUCAUUAUUCAAAGUUUAUUCUUAAAUAUAAAGUGGAUGCUAUUCUAAAUAGCUUUUGCAAUAAUUACAUUUACCCAGAUGAUGCAUCAUGCUGCAAAGAUCUUGAGCGGAUCACUAAAUUACAAUUUAAUGCCUUUUCAGUUUUGGGAACUUGUGUUCUCUUAUGGAUUCUAAUGGUUUUUACAAGAAAAAUAAGACAAAUUAAUAUCAAAGGUUUGACACCUGAAGAAGUUAAAGGAUAUGAUUCUUUUUCAACUGCUCCUUGGUUAUACUCUGAAAAGAUGUAUGUUGUCAUUAAAAACAUGGCUAAACUUUCUGGUAUUAUGUUAUACAUAUUUCUGGCUGAUAGUUCAUUCUUAUAUGAUAAAUCUCACAAACAGUAUUCACCAACUGCUUUCUUCGUGGUUUUAGCUGUUUUAUUUGUUGCAGGGGUUGCUGUUAGAAGAAAAACAAAUACUUCUUUAGUUUUAAAUGAUGAUCAAAUUGGUGAGUUUAAAGGAUGGCUUAUUCUGGUCAUCAUAUUAUACAAUUACACUGAUGUUCAAAAGAUUCUGCCUGUUUUUGUCAAUGUUCGUUUGGCUUUUUCAUUUCUCUUGUUUUUGUUUGGUUUCUCCCAUUACAAGUAUUUUUGGUAUUCAAAUAGUUUUCACUUAUAUAAAGUCUGCAAGAUAUUGGCACACAUGAACAUUUUUUGUGUCGUUGUAUGCUUAAUUAUGGGUCACACAUACCAAUAUUAUUUGCUGCUUCCAAUGUUAUCUUUAUGGUUCAUUGUUAUAUAUUUUUUCAUGGUUUCAUUUCCUCGUACAACGCACAAUAUUGUUGUUAAUCAACCUAUAUCAAACAAUUGGAUGAUUGCCAAGUUUUCACUGAUGUUUGCUUUAGUUUUUAUUGUUUGGGGAAAUGAGACAGUGUGUGAUUGGUUGUUUAAUCUUUUUCCUUUUCGAGAGCUUUUUGUUGGUAGCGAUGGCACAAUUGAACAAUGGAAGUACAGUUCUAGUCUUCACAGAUAUUCAGUAUUAUUUGGCAUGUUGACUGCAUAUAUCUAUGUGACCUUGAAGCGCUACCAUUUGCUUGAUGAAGAAGAGAAAUGGCUCUUUGCUAACUAUAAAUUUUCAAUUGGAUUUCUCAUUGGAUCAAUUUGUGCUUUUUUGGGUUAUCAAAUACAAGCAUUUACUUGUCACACAAAAGAGUUUUGUGAUCACACUCAUUCUUUAGCAUCUUUUAUUCCUGUAGUAUCGUUUGUGGUGAUGCGCAAUAUUUCAGCAAGAUUUAGAUCCCAGUACAGCGUAUUAUUUGCCUGGAUUGGCGAUAUGGCAUUAGAGCUUUUUGUAGUACACCACCAUAUCUGGUUGGCAAAUGAUAGCUACGGAGUUCACGUACUCAUUCCUGAUUAUGUAACUGUUAACGCGCUGGUGACGUCAUUUACUUUUAUAUGUGUUGCUCACGAAGUUAAAGAAAUUCGCAAAAUUUUAGCUGACGCAUUAAUAAUAAAGGACGUCAUGGUGAUGUUAAGGAGACUGAUUUUGUUUUUAUUUAUGUUAGUAAUUGUUUGGUGGCACAAAAUUCAUGACGUAAAACCGACUCGUUAUAAACCCCAUUAAAGUGGAAAUAUGCAUCCAGUGAACCAGUCUAAUGCCUUUAAAAAACGAUAACUUUGUUUCCUGACAAGCAAAGGUUUCCCAUUAGAAAAAUUUAAUAUGGGAUUGACUUUAAAAUCUAAUAUAUUUAAAGAAGUUUUAAAAAAGUAGUUUGAAAAUAGGUAAAUCGUAUCGCGUAACUUUUAUAGUAUUUUUUACUAGAAUUUCUGUUAAAUUACUAUAUCUUGUAUCUUUUAAAAAUUUUAAUUUGGAGUACUUUUUUAUAGUACGUUAGAUAACUUGGAGUACUUAUUUAUAGUACGUUAAAAACAUUAAUUUGGAAUACUUAUUUAAAGUAUGUUAAAAACUUUAAUUUGAAGUACGUAUUAUAAAUAUACGUAGAUAAAUCUUCUAGAAUUGCAAAUCAUUUAUGAUCGUUAAUUAACAACGCUCUAACCAAUGACUUUUUCAAUAUAACUCUUAUAAACUGAUAUUGAUAACUGAUAUAGUUAUAGUUGUUAAAACUGAUGUAAUAGAAAAAAUGGAAAAAAACACAUACUAAAACUUUUUUAA